AUGCCUUCGAGUCCUAUCAGAGCUGUUGCCGACUUCCUGCAGAAAUUAGCAAACACAGAUAACGUGGCUUCGGAGGCACCAGAUGAUGUUAGUGUCUCAAACACACUAUCUGAGUCAACAACAACUUCGGAUGUCGAACUGCUGGUUCAGCAACUCAACAGGGCAUCAUUAUCAGACGUAGCAUCCACAUCACCUGCAACAUCAGAAACUCGACUCAAUCAUGCCAUCAUUUCUCCAAUCAAACAAAAGCGAGGAGGUGCUCUCGACAUUCAGCCUAGAACACACAAUGAAGUACUUCUCCUUGCCGCACUUCACGAAGCGGAAUCUGCAAAUGCAGCUCUCAAACGACGAGUAAUUGAGCUCCAGGCAACCAAUAUUCUCAACCAAUUGUAUUGUUCACAACUGCGUGGACAACUAGCAAACCAAGAGGCAAAGAAGCAAUCGAAGAAGGAAAAUGGCAAGCUGAUGAGCGACGGCUUGCCUCGAUUAUUGUCCAGCGACGAAUUUUACGAGAGGGUUGUGAAUCACAAGAAAGAGCAAAAAAAAGUAGCAGAUGAUAAGAAAACGAGAAGGGAGGAAAGGGAACGAAGGUCUGAGGCUCUGGCAAUAUGGAAAAGACUUGAAGAUGCGAGAAAAUGGGAGAACAACGAGCAACGCACUCGAUACCGCGAAGCAGUGGAGAUCUGGAAUGAGGAGAAGUCAAAGGCCAAGCUUUCAAAGCAGAAAUUCACCUCGAAGAAGCCAGUUUUAGGAAAGUUACAGCCUCCUGUUCCAAGGCCAAGGUUCAAUACCUGUGAGGUGGAUGAUAAUGAGAGUGCAGAAGAUGUUAUGGCGCCAGAUGAGGACAGCUCAGAGGACAGCGACGACGAACGAUAA